CGACUCGCAGCUGCACACUCUGCGGCACUGCAAAGUAUCAAUGCUACACUGCGAGUUUUGCGCUGGAGACCCGGAGUUAGUGGCGCAGUCCCAUACGCAUAAGACGGAGAAGUGUGUCGAGGGUGCGAGGGCGAAGAAGGCGAGGAGGACGCAGAAUGCGGUGCCGUGUCAGUGGUGUGUGCAGAGUACGGAUCCGAAGAGGUAUAAGGGGAGGGAGGCGUAUGGGCAUGAUAAUGGGGAGUGUCCGUUUUUGGAGGGGUAGUAAGAUGGGCAGAGAUGUCUCGAUUUUCUUUUUUCUGUUUGGGGAAUUUGCUGUGGGGGAGUUUUUUUUUUGGAUAUUGUAAGUACUUUGAGAGUACUUCUUAGAGCUG